UUUGUUUUGUUGUGCAGUGCCAAGGAGACGGGGCAAGCUCAUCCCCUUCCUUCGCUCCCUGGUGAAGGCCCGCCCCAGGAGAGCGACGGAGCCGGAGCUGAAGAAGGAAGGGGUGUUUGGGUGUGACCUGGGGGAGCACCUUCUGCGCUCUGGGCGUGAUGUCCCCCAGGUCCUGCAGAGCUGUGCUCAGUUCAUUGAGCAUCAUGGCGUGGUGCGGGGGAUAUACCGCCUGUCUGGCGUCAUGUCCAAGAUCCAGCGACUACGCCAUGAAUUCGAUACGGAGCAGGUUCCUGAGCUCAGCGUCCGAGACAUUCACAGCGUGAGCUCCCUGUGUAAAAUGUAUUUCAGGGAGCUCCCAAACCCGCUGCUGACUGACCAGCUGUAUGACAAGUUCUUGGACGCUGCCGGUGCUGCAGAGGAGGAGCGGGUGCAGAGAAUGAAGGAUGCCAUCCAGCAGCUGCCCGCUCCUCACUACAGGACUCUGCAGUACCUUAUGAGGCACCUUGCGUCUCUGGCUGGGAACUGCUCCGUCACCAGCAUGGAUGCUAGGAACUUAGCGAUUGUGUGGGCUCCAAACCUCUUAAGAUCCCAGCAGAGCCCGUCUGCCUGCGCCAGCAAUGAAGCUGCCUGCAUGGAGCUGCAGGCACAGUCGGCUGUGGUAGAACUGCUCAUCAGCCACGCAGAUGUUUUAUUCUGCUCCAACUCCACAACAGCCGUGGGAGAGGGUGAGCUUCUUCCUCCUUUAGCUUGAUGCUGAUCUGACAAAUCGAUCCAAUCCAGGUCUUCUCAAAAACCUUUGAAAAUGCUUUUGCUGUCAAGGAGACAGCAGGCUUCUUAGCCUAGGUUUGAAUAUGGCGCCCGAUUCCUUGAUCCUGAGAGUGUCCAAACCCAAACCUUACAUGGGU